AUGGGUGCCAUUCCUGAGUACGAUCCCGAGGAGCCUCAAGAGACCAAGCCCUUCAAGUUCGUGACUGGUUACGAUGCUCGUUUCCCCCAAAUGAACCAGACCAAGCACUGCUGGCAGAACUAUGUCGACUACUACAAGUGUGUCAACGCCAAGGGCGAGGACUUCCGUCCCUGCCGUCAGUUCUACCACGCCUUCCGCGCUCUGUGCCCCAAGGCCUGGACCGACCGCUGGGACGGUCAGCGUGAGGCUGGCAACUUCCCCGCCCACCUUGACCGGUAA